UCCAAGCCCUCCCGGAAGGAAUCAGUGUGUGGCUGUUUGCAGAGAGUCUGUCCUUGGACGCGCUCUCGAUUCAAUGUUCUAGUCGACGAGGAUGAUAAGACAAAGGAUAAGCAGCCGACAAAGGAAUUUGUUCAUCUGCGCUUUCUGUCGGACCGCCUGCAGACCUAACCACCGGCCAUUGCAACAUCCGAGUCUUCCACGCUGGUAUUCUUCCGCUGGCCAGCCACAGUCACAGAAUGAAUUCAACCGCAACACACACGUAACCCGGUCACAUACCACGGCACCCACGGCGCGCCAAAACACCAGGACAUUCGAAGAGGACGAUGACGAGGAAGAGCUUCUUCCUCACGAGUUAGCUGCCCGCGCCCGCGAAACCGCGCCGACGCCGGCGCCGGCUCCUUCAGAGACUACUCCAGAGGCACGUCCAGCGCCGGAGAACCAUGAUACCAGCGCCGUUCCCCCAACGAAUCAUGUCCCCGAGCCCAGCAACGUCCCAGAGCCCGCCGAGUCUAAACCUGUAGAAACGCCCAGAAAGCCAUUCGUCCCGAUCCGCCAACAAAACUUCAAAAUCGACGACGAGGAUGAUGAUCUGUUGGAUGACUUGUUGCCGCACGAGAAAGCGGCGCAAGAACAUGUUGCCAUCCAGCAUGACAAAGAGAAGCGCUUAAUACUUGAGGAGAACGAGGACGAUUUCUUGACACCAGCUGAGGUUACCGCUCGUGCUCACUCCUACAGGACGCCCAAGCCGUCAGGACAAGCUUCUUCAGGUUUUACUAUCAGGCGCAUAGUGUAUGGUGGACCAGCUGUUCGUAACACUGCUCAGGCCUCUCCUUCGCAGGGAGUGGCAGGUCCUGGGGAAUCAUCCGCCCCUAUGGGAUCCACUGCAACGGGCAACGCCAGUGACAAAACCCCUCGCCCACCUUGGGCUCAGCUACCGAGAAGACCUUUCAAGGAACUUUCCGGCGCUUACACCAGGCCCGAGCCCACCCACACUCAUGAUGAUGUUAACGAUGUCUCCCAAAAUAUAUGGGCGCCUUCCGUGAAUAUGUCAAAGAAAUCACUCCCCACUCCGGUUAUAAAAACCAGAUCUCGUGGAUCUCGUGCCAGGAAGGACCAUGACAGGAAGGACUAUGACAGGAAGUUAGACACGCACAUUGACAGGAGUCCAUCCUCAUUUUUGAAGGGAGAACAAGAGCAAACAACAGGUACACAUAUUCAUCAUACUAAGAAUCGACAGGACAUCCAAGAGACACUCGCCAGUUCGAGCCAAUCGACUCAAUCGAGUCACAAAGAUGGCGAUAGCGACCUUUUUGCUCAGUUUGGAGAGUUGGACGGCAACAAGACAUCAUCCAAUAAGCGCUCCACAACGAAGCAGAGCGACGAAAAAGAUUGGAACUGGGGCAAAGAGGUCGAGAAGAAGGCUAAAGUCGAUGAGCAAAAGGAUAUGCCCAAAUUUACGAACUCCGUUGCAACCCCUGAUGUGGAGCCCACACUCAACCCUCAAGAUCGCGAAGUAGCGGAUGAUAGGCGAUCCAGGGGCAGGGAUCGUGAAGUACGAGACUUCUCAGAUAAAUCUAAACAGAAACCAAGAUUCUCCAAAAACAGCUACAGAGAUGACGACGAAGAUUUCUCGGAAGAAGCUGAGGCAAUGGCUCAGGCUCGUCGCGAACGCAAGGAGCAGAGGAGGUUGCAACGGGAAAUGGAGGAACUUGAAAAGCAGGAAGCAGCCGCAGUCAAGACCAUCCUUGUGCCUGAAUUCAUCACAGUGGCCGACCUGGGCCAGUCUUUGGGCUACAAGCCGGCGCCUUUCCUCAACCAGUUAUUGAAGAUGGGAUUCGAAGACAUCACAGUCGAGAGUGUGAUGGCGGGUGAGACUGCGGCGCUGGUUGCCCAGGAGUACGGUUUUGAGCCCAUUUUGGACGUUGGCGAUCAAGUCGAUCUCAAACCGCGACCACCGCCAGAAGAUCCGUCGGCGCUACCACCACGACCACCGAUUGUUACCAUCAUGGGUCACGUCGAUCAUGGAAAGACCACGAUGCUUGAUUAUCUACGCAAGUCAUCGAUAGCUGCAGGCGAACAUGGUGGGAUCACUCAGCACAUUGGUGCCUUCUCGGUGAAGAUGUCAACUGGCAAGGUCAUCACAUUCCUGGACACGCCAGGCCACGCAGCCUUCUUGACUAUGCGCCAACGCGGUGCCAACAUCACCGACAUGGUCAUUCUUGUUGUUGCAGCCGACGACAGCGUCAAGCCGCAGACAUUAGAGGCGUUGAAGCACGCUCGCGCGGCAAAGGUUCCCAUAAUCGUGGCCAUAAACAAGGUCGACAAGGAUGAGGCUCGGGUAGAUCAGGUCAAAUUGGACCUGGCAAACAAUGGGGUCCAGCUUGAGGACUUUGGUGGCGAUGUACAGGCUGUCUGCGUCAGCGGAAGGACUGGUUUGGGCAUGGCGGAUCUGGAGGAGAACGUCAUCGCGCUCGCUGAGAUGCUUGACAUGCGAGCCGAGACCGACGGCAUGGCUGAGGGCUGGAUUCUCGAGUCGGCCAUCAAGCCGCUGGGCAGGGCCGCGUCGAUUCUCGUCAAGAGGGGUACGCUCCGCAAGGGUGACCUCAUCGUCGCCGGGACCUCGUUCGCCAAGGUCCGGCUCAUGCUCAACGAGGCCGGCCAAGAGGUUGACGAGGCGCCUCCGGGCACUCCCGUUGAGGUGUUUGGUUGGCGUGGUACGCCCUCUGCGGGCGACAUGGUUCUCCAGGCGCCAGAUGAGGACCGAGCCAGGGACGCGACCCGGUACCGCGAGGAGAUGGCGGCAUGGCAAAAGACAGCCGAGGGUGUGGCGGCGCAGGAGAAGGCAGACCGCGAGAAGGCUGAACGCGAAAGGGUUGAGGCGGAAAUGAAGGAACUCAUGGGAGAAGAGGGCGAGGCCGAGGUUGAGGAAGCGCCCCCGGGUACCACCAUGGUCAACUUUAUUAUCAAGGGCGACGUCAUGGGAUCGGUCGAAGCCGUGUAUGGUGCCGUGAUGGAAAUUGGCAACAACGAAGUGCGGCCAAGGGUUCUGCGAUCGGCGCCAGGCCAGGUGACCGAGUCGGACGUGGAACACGCGGCGACUACAGGCAGCCACAUCAUCAGCUUCAACAGCACAGUUCAGGGACACAUUGAGCGGUUGGCUGACCAAAAGGGGGUCCGUAUCAUGGACCACUCCAUCAUCUACCACCUGGUAGACGAGGUCAAGGCGGUGCUCUCGGAGAAGCUCCCACCGUCCAUCUCCUUCAAAGUCAACGGCGAGGCAGAGGUAUUGCAAGUCUUCCCGAUCAACAUCAAGGGGCGCAAGUACAAGAACAUUGCCGGUUGUAGGGUGCGCAAUGGUAUUAUUGUCAGGAACAGCAUGUACCGCGUCAUUCGUGGGACUGAGGAGGUCUUUAAUGGUAAACUUGAAUCACUCAAGCACGUCAAGAAGGACAUUUCAGAGGCCAAGAAGAACUCGGAAUGUGGUAUUCAGUUUGAGGACUGGGACGACAUUCAAGUCGGCGACAAGAUUCAAGCCUACGAGGAGGUCAAGGAAACCCGUUACCUGCCAUAAAGACGUUUGUUUUCUUUGGACAGGAUGUGUGGCAGACACGUCCAUCUGGGACGCUCAUGUGCUAACCCCCAAGCGUGUAUUUAUACAUCUUUUGUAAGAUUUUGUGAAAACGCCUGUAACUAUAGACAACCUAAAAACACAUAGAUGGCAUUCUUGGUGUAGGCUGGCUCAUAUGUUUUUAUAUAGAUGGGCCUAGGAGGAAUAUUACUAUGUAAGACGUGGGCAUAUACCUUUCUCCUCUGUCCUUGUAAAGGGGAUAUAAGCAACUAAUCUUU